AUGGAGUCUGCAAAUCUCCAUCACCAACAUCACCAGCUCCAAGAGAAUCUUGUUGGGUCUUCUUCUUUAGCAGCUACCCCAUCUUGCUAUGCAGUUGGAACCAAGCAUGCUUGGACCCCUUCUGCCACUCUGAGCAGUAGUGGUAACUCAUCAAAUUCAGGCUUGGAUCCCCUCAACAGUUCCAUGGUACCUGACUUGGGCUUUCACUGGCUCGCCAAUAUUACUAGUGAGCAUCAGUCUCCCCAUGACCUUGCUAAAAUUAAGGAAGAGCUCACUUCAUCAUCCUCCUCAGAUCAUCAUCACCAUCAUCACAAUUCCUUCCCAAAAUUAACAGAAAUGCUGACCAGCGCCCCCGCGUCGACUAGUAUAGAUCAUGAUCAGUAUUACCAAUUUAUGAAGAAUGAGGAAAAAGACCAAUUGAUCAUGAAUGACCUCAGUGAGAAGCUCUUGCUCAAGACUUUGUCUUCUGGCUGUCAAAUCAAUAGUAUUAUCAAUCCUCAUCACCACCAAAUUUCAUCAGCUGGAGAGUUUUACUCAAAUGAUCAUCAUCAUCAUCAUCUACUCCACAAUUCUAAUCUAAUUGGAGGCGUGCCGCAGGGGAUGCCUAGCAGAUCAGGAGGCCACUUCAGCCAAAUUUAUCCAAGCAUAAAUGUUUCCAACUUGAACCGGUCGUUGUCUUCGUCUUCAAUCUCAAGCUCUAGCUUGGACAUGAACUUGCAGGCCAUGGAUCUCUUAGGCGCUUCUGCAAGAUUUAGUACCGGGACUAGUAGUAGUUUUAGCACGCAGCCUAAUUCACAUGAUACCCUUGGCUUAUACAAGGAAACGCAUGAUUCGUUUGCUACUCUUCAACAGAUGCAUCAAUCAACUGACCCUCAUAGGCUAUCGUGCGGCAAUAAUAAUAAGAUAUCAUCUUUCGACAAUGAAAUAACAGAGGUGAAACGACCCGGCAGUUCGAUCGAGCCAAAGGUAAAUCAAGCAACUGCACCAAAGAAAUCGCGAUUGGAGUCGCGCACUGCAUGCCCACCCUUUAAGGUUAGAAAGGAGAAAUUGGGAGAUAGAAUCGCAGCUCUUCAGCAAUUGGUGGCACCCUUUGGAAAGACAGACACAGCAUCCGUUCUGAUGGAGGCUAUCGGAUACAUCAAAUUCCUUCAAAACCAGGUCGAGACCCUAAGCGUCCCAUAUAUGAAGUCAUCGCGCAACAAAUCCUGUAAAACAAUGCAAGGGGGUGUGACAGAGAUCAAUGGAAAUGGCGAAACAAAACGAGAUCUCAGAAGUAGAGGAUUGUGCCUCGUUCCUUUGUCGUGCAUGUCUUAUGUGACAAGUGACAUUGGUGAGAGUGGAAGCAUUUGGCCAGCACCUAACUUUGGGGGAGGGACUUAA